AUGAUCGCCUACAAGCGAGCGGUCGACCAAGCCGGCGCCAACUUUGCCGGUCACGUUGUCUUGUGGGUCGAUAGGCGCAAGAACGAAGAAGCAGACGCACUGGCCAGGCUCGGGUCCAAGCGACUCCCACCCCCUCUAGGCAUCUUCCUCGACAUCCUCACCCACUCAUCAGUGCGUGUGCCGCGGGAGAUCGACAUCGCCGAACCACCCGCACCCGACUCCGUCCUAGUCGCACUCGCCUCCGAUAUUGGGGACUGGAAAGAACCAUACAUAAGCUACCUCGAGCACCAGGUACUACUGAUGGACGAGACGGAACCACGCACGCUCGUGCGCCGCUGCAAGUCCUUAACAAUCAUCAACAACGAGCUCUACAAGCGCAGCGUCACCGGAGUAUUCCAGCGGUGCGUCACCGCUGAUGAAGGCCGCAAGAUUCUGCGCGACAUCCAUGCAGGAGACUGCGGCCACCACGCAGGCGCGCGCUCGAUUGUAGCCAAAGCCUUCCGGCACGGCUUCUACUGA